UGAGCUUGUAAGGAUUAAUCCAAGACUUUGUCUCCCUCUCCCGCUGAUCCCUUCACCGUCGGCCGACAUGAUCUGACAGAAAAUGAAGAACCUGGGAUCUGUUUCAUUUUCUUCUCCAUUUAUAAUUAUCUCCUUCCAUUUGCUUCUUCUUUCUCUGCACCCAAACCACAUACAAGGAUCAGAUACUGUAAUACAGCUUCCACGUUCCGGGUCGGUCUCUGCCCGCUGCAGUCUUAAACGGGUCCUCUCUGUAGCUCAGUAUGGGGCAGAAGGGGAUGGCCACCAUAAUGACACCAAGGCAGUGGAAGAAGUCUGGAAAACUGCUUGUGCCAUGUCUGGACGAAUAACUAUCCUGUUCCCACCUGAAAAGGAGUUUCUGAUUUAUCCAAUUGAUAUGGGAGGGCCUUGCAGAUCUAAGAUCACUUUAAAAAUCUUAGGUACAAUAUCUGCCCCAAAAGAUCCUGAAGUCUGGGAUGGUUUAAAUCCGCGAAAAUGGCUUUACUUCCACGGCUUGAAAUAUCUCACUCUAGAAGGUAAAGGAAAAAUCAAUGGAAUGGGACAGAAAUGGUGGGACAGAUCUUGCAAGACCAAGCCAUCAAAUCCAUGUCGACCUGCUCCAACGGCAAUCACUUUUUAUAAAUGCAAGAAUCUGAAGGUUGGAGAACUUACGAUCCUAAAUAGCCAACAAAUGCACAUGGCAUUUAAUAACUGUAUGAGAGUUGUUGCAUCAAAGCUUGCUGUUUUGGCUCCGGCUUCCAGCCCUAACACUGAUGGAAUCCACAUUAGUAGAACAAAGGGUAUAGAGGUCAAGGACAGCUUAAUUAGAACAGGAGACGAUUGUAUCUCGAUAGUAAGAAACUCGUCACAGAUAAAGAUCAGAAACAUUUCUUGUGGUCCAGGCCAUGGCAUCAGCAUUGGGAGCUUAGGAAAAAAUGGAUCAUGGGAGAAGGUAGAAAACGUAAUGGUUAGUGAAUCUUAUCUUUAUCAAACUGAUAAUGGAGUGAGGAUCAAAACAUGGCAGGGUGGUGAUGGUUUUGCUUCCAAGAUCACUUUCAAGAAUAUUGUGAUGGAGAAUGUGUCAAACCCAAUUAUAAUAGACCAGUUUUACUGCGAUUCCCCCCAUCCUUGUCGGAACCAGACCUCAGCUGUCAAGGUGGAGAAUAUAUCCUUCAUUGGUAUCAGAGGAACUUCAGCAACAGAGGAAGCUAUAAAAUUUGCUUGCAGUGAUGACUCUCCUUGUGAAAGGUUAUACCUGGAAGAUAUUUAUCUCACACUAGGCUUUGGAGGAAACAUAAGAUCAUACUGCUGGCAAGCUCAUGGUUAUACAAAUGGUCGGGUUUACCCUCCUCAUUGUUUUCCAGAGACCGGUAAUUUUCUCAGUGCGCAGAAAAUCUUGGAAGAAUUGGACUCUUAUUCCAUAUACCUGAGCAAACCCACUCUGUAAAGAAAAUAUGAUUAUAUAGUAUAUGGAUGCCUUUUCUGUAACCAGUUUACCAGUAACAAAUUCCAGGUGAUUGGGGAGGUGCAGUUUAAUUCUUCCUCUUGAGUGGUCGAAGAAUUCUCAGGCAUACCAAGUAAACUUAGCUCAUUACAAAUCAACAAUAAAUAUGUAAUUAUGGUAAAGGUAAAUUUUUUUUUUUUUUAAAUUCAAACCGUG